CCUGCAGCUCUCUGUCUCUGAAAAGGAGGUUCCCCCUGAGCAGCAGCACUGUGAGCAGGAGUGGAGUCCCAGUCUGGGGCAGAAGGACCCAGAGACCAAACAGAUUGAAGAGGAACAGGAGGAAUUUAGGACCAAUCAGGGGGAAGAGCAGCUUCAAGGGGUGGAGCCUGAUAUCAUGAAGUUCAAAUUCACUCCUUCCUGUGUGAAAAGUGAAUGUGAUCUGGAGGACCCACUUUGGGAUCUGAAACAUUUUGGCACUGUGACCCAUCUAAAGGGUCUCAACAUUCCCUGUGACCCUCCAGAUAAUCAAAACAAUGCCUCCAGCCACAGCUCAGCCAUAAGCAGUGACCCAGUAGGACUUGACAGCAGCCCACCAAUGGAUCUCAACUCACCAUUGGAGAAACACUGUUCCAAACCCAGCAACACGUCUAGAAGAACUCACCACUGCCAUGACUGUGGAGAAACAUAUGCUCUGAAAGCUGACCUGCAGAGACACGUGACUCUCACCAAGAAGAGACUCAGUGAAUGCAGCUUCUGCAAGAAACGCUACAACUCCACCUGUAAACUGAAGGCCCAUGUCCAACUCAUGUCCGACUCUGGUGGUAAACCCUGCACCUGCCCUGUUUGUGGAAAGACCUUCAAAUACAAAGGAGAUCUGUCCAAUCACAUGAGGAUUCACACAGGAGAGAAACCCUUUACAUGUGUGCACUGUGGGAAGAGCUUCAAUCGCAAGGAGCAUCUAACCAGGCAUAAACUGACUCACACAGGAGAGAAACCAUUUAGCUGUGGUGACUGUGGGAAGAGUUUCAAUCGCAAGGAACAUUUAACCAUGCAUAAACGGACUCACACAAGAGAGAAACCUUUUAUCUGUGGUGACUGUGGGAAGAGCUUCACGCAGAAGAUUAACCUGCUGACUCACGUCAAAAACAUCCACAAAGGAUGAAAACAGGAUGAAAACUGAAAGGAAAAAAAAUUACAUUAGAACUAAGAUCUUCUGUCAAAAGAUGGGAAUAAAAAAGCAGGAUGUGAGCAGAGCAACUUCCUGUUGCUCUCAGAUAAUUGGAUGUGAGAAAGUUAUGUAAACAUUUUUCUGAAAUUAAGUUUGAUUUGAAUGAUGAGGUAAUGAUCAAACACUACUGUAGGAAAAUCACAGCUCUGCUGUUCAGUGUCGAUAUUUUCACGUCAUUAUAAGAGGAAUUCUUGAUCGUUUGUUUUGGAAUGUCUCCCAGGGUGAUGACAGGCGAAUGCCUGAAUGAGUGUGCAAAGCUGUCAUCAAAGGAAAAGGGUGGCUACUUUGAAGAAUCUCAAAUGUAAAACAUAUUUAGAUUUA